AGACGGCUGACGUCCUCUAUCAUUGAACAUCCUAAUGUCACGUAUGUUGUACUAACGACUGACGUAUCCAUAUUCCGGUCCAAAUAUCUCGUCACUCGUGUCAUUUACGUAUAAAGAAAUCAGUGCGUUUUAUCUACUUAUUGUAAGUUUUAACCAUGGUGUUAUCAACGAAACAAAAACUAUUAAUAUUUCUAGUUUUAGAACUAGUAGUUGCUGCGGUCUAUAGCCAAGUGCAUUCUCAUUCCCAUUCAGAAGAAAACCCAGCUUACAAGUAUUCCCAGCAAGCAAACCAAAAGUUUAAAGAACAAACAAUAGAACCAGAUUAUAACCUCUACGUCAGCGCUUUGGGUUCAACGCUCUUUAUAAGUAUUGUACCAUUUUUUGUUCUUUUCUUUAUACCGGUCGACGGUUCUAUAGAAAAACAACCGUUAUUGAAGAUAUUACUGUCCUUUGCAUCCGGCGGCCUUCUUGGUGAUGCGUUCCUUCAUCUUAUACCUCAUGCAUUGAUGUCUCAGGGAGAAGGAGCAGGACAUAGUCACAGUCACUCCCAUGAUGGAGGACAACAUGGCCCACAUGAUACCACAGUUGGUCUUGGUGUCCUAGGUGGCAUCAUAACUUUUUUAGUUGUUGAAAAAACUGUCAGAUUGUUUAGUGGAGGACAUGGACAUUCUCAUGGCAGUGAUAAGAAGAAAUCUGAUGACAAAUUGAAGAAGAAAGGAAAAGAUAAGAAGGAGGAUAUCAAAAUUGCAGGAUACCUUAACUUGGCUGCUGACUUUACACACAAUUUUACAGAUGGUUUAGCUAUUGGUGCUUCAUACAUAGCUGGACAGAGCAUUGGAUACAUUACUACAAUUACAAUUUUGCUACACGAAAUUCCUCACGAAAUUGGUGAUUUUGCUAUAUUAGUGCAAUCCGGAUGUUCCAGAAGAAAAGCUAUGCUACUUCAAUUACUGACAGCAGUAGGGGCUCUUUCUGGUACAUUCCUCUCUAUUUACUUGAGGGGUUCAGGUGAAGGCUUAGUAUCAUCUCUAAUAUUGCCUUUUACUGCAGGAGGAUUCAUUUACAUAGCAACAGUUUCAGUGAUUCCAGAACUUAUUGAAGGUUCAAAUAAUAAACUAUCCCAAUCAAUAAAAGAAAUCUUAGCUCUUUUAGCCGGAGUUUACAUGAUGGUCCUUAUAGCUCAAUAUGAAUGACUGAAAUAUAAAUUCAUUUUACUCUUUUAAUAAUCAUAUAACAUCACAAGAAUGUUUGAUGUUCUAUAAUCUACAUUCAAUUGAACAAAAUAUGAUUUCUUCAGUUAUAUUUAAAACCAUAAAAUUGAUAAUUUUACAAAAAAUAUUAUGUAAGUAAAACUUGUUGAACUUGAGGAUCAAUUAUUUAACAAGUUUAUUGUAACCUCGUAAUAUUUAGUUAUUUUUUCUUGUUAAGUAUAGCAAUUUUUAAACAAUGUUGUGCCUCAUGUUAGCAGAAUAUUGUACUUGUAUUCAACUACUUUAAUUAUUGGCAGAAGCAAAUAGUUCAAAAAAUUAUGACAAAAUAAAAACUAUUUUAGUGAUAAAA